GAAAGAAAAAAGGUUGAUCCUAAAACCUUCUAAAUCUAACCCAACCUAAAUUCCCCCGAAUUGGGUUGAUUGCAUUUUCACAAUCCAUCCCUUCCCCCUUCAUCAUCAUCCAUACAGCUUCUCUGGUACUGUGCCUUGCCUGAGUUUGAUCGGAUACCCUCAGAAUCCUGCCGGAAAAGGGAGCAAUUUCGCUUUCCGAUUCAAGUACAAACUGAAACAGGACGAAGCCGUUUAUGGGUGAGGCCAACAAGACCACCUCCACGCCCGAGGAGGACUUGCUCCUCAAGAGCUUCUUCGCCGAAGUCAGCGAAGUCGAGAGAGAUAACGAAGUUAUCAGGAUUUUGUCCUGCUUCAAAUUGAAUCCAUUCGAGUAUCUGAAGUUACCAUUUGAUGCAUCUCCAGAUGAGGUGAAAAGACAGUAUCGUAAGUUAUCAUUGCUGGUUCACCCUGAUAAAUGUAAGCAUCCACAAGCAAAAGAAGCAUUUGGAGCAUUGGCAAAGGCCCAGCAGCUAUUACUUGAUGAGCAGGAAAGAGAUUAUAUUCUUAGCCAAGUCAGUGCAGCAAAAGACGAACUUCUAGCAAAGAGGAAGAAGCAGUUGAAGAAAGAUACAGCUUCUAAAAUAAAGUCAUUGGUUGAAGAGGGGAAAUAUGAGCAACAGUAUGAGAGUACAGAAGAGUUCAAGCAAGAGCUCAAAUUGAAGGUUCGAGAAAUAUUAACAGAACAAGAGUGGAGGAGGAGAAAGAUGCAGAUGAGGAUCUCUGAGGAAGAAGGUAGAUUGAAAAAGGAUGAAGAGGAAACGAAAGAAAUGUGGAAGAAAAAGCGUGAGCAUGAGGAACAGUGGGAAGGAACAAGAGAACAGAGGGUUUCAAGCUGGAGAGAUUUCAUGAAGGGUGGAAAGAAGGCUAAGAAAGGAGAAACCCGACCGCCAAAGCUGAAAACUGAGGACCCCAACAAAUCAUACGUCCAGCGGCCAGUAAAGCGUGGUUAAAGGAUCUAUUUUCAUUAAAAAUCUGCACCGCAGCCAAGCUCGGUGCAUACUGGGAGGUUGCGGAUGUAGGCUGACACUAGUGUCAAAUCUUAUUACUCGCCUGUAAACUACAUAGUUAGAAUGCAAAUCUUACUGAUACAAAACUAAAGCAGCAAAAAUCCUUAAAAUUUAUGGUUCUGUGGUUAUAUAACUAGAGCAUCUGAAGGGUUGACUGUAAGCUUGGAGAAGUAAUUGCACUGCGAUGAGGCGUCGGUAUAAGGGUAACAUGUAUAUUCUUCUGUUUUAUUUGGACGUUUGGAUCGCGAAGUGGUGAAGAGGGUGAAUGAUUCUUUUACUUUGUUGGUUGGGUUCUAUGCUGAAUUUUGUAUGAAUGCCAUAUCCCAUGAGGUUAUAUGUUAGUAAACUUGCUUCAUGGAGUAGUAAGCACGAUACAGUCGAGUCUACUGCAUCCAUUCGAUUUCGAGUGA